UUCUUUUAUUUCUCGGGUGCCAUUCGAUUCUAAAUUCUGCUGAAAUCCUGAUUUCUGUUGACGCCCGCUCUGCAGUUUUUGCUCUCUCUACUUCGGGCGUAGAAAUCCCAACUCUCGACGCUUCGCUUCGGCCAUUCACAAAGAAUCCUCCUUUUUUUGGUUCAUUUCUAUUCAGGAAGGAGACUGCAGAAGGAUUUGAAGAAUGUCUUGGUGGUCUAAUGAUUGAUAUUUGGUUUGGAGUUAGAUUGAUUUUGGUGGUUGAGCUCUCCAAGUUUGUAAACUAUUGGCAUUUCAACUUCUUGCACCAAGCCAUUGCUGGUCAAGAUGGUUCUUGUUGGAAGAUUGAAGACAAAUAUUCUCGCUUUUGCCAUUGUUUUAUUGUACGUGCCAGGCAUAUCCUAUGCUUCACAUCUCAAAGGAAAUUUACAGGUUUUCUUCCCUGGUGAGAUUUCAACUGUAAGUUUAGCUUCAUUGGGGACUUUUUGCGUGGCAAGACAGAAUGCAGACCCUACUGCACUAAAGGCAGGUAUUGACUGGGCUUGCGGACCUGGUUUAGCGAAUUGCGGUCCUAUACAGCCAGGUCAAGCUUGUUAUAUAGCUAACAAUCUUGUAGCUAUUGCUUCAUAUGCCUACGAUGCCUAUUACCAAGCAAAUCAAGCAACAGGCGGAACCUGCUUCUUCAAUAAUACAGCUAUGCUUACUAACAGUGACCCGAGCAGCGGCUCUUGCAUAUUCCCAGGAAGCUCUGGGAGUGGCGGAGGAUCUAACUCCACUGGUGGUUCAGGAAGUCCUGGCUCGAGCUUCCCGCCUCCCGGUGGCUCCAGCUUCGUGCCUCCUGGCACCUUCCAACCGACCGGCGACAAUGGUGUUUCAGAGCUGCAAACUCUGAAGCUGCUUUAUCUUUCACUACUGGCCCUUUUUUCUUUAGUUAUACUGUAGAUAACAUACACAAGACAGAUAGAAACAGAAAAGUGUCUAAUUAUGUCCCCCAUGCUUGAUCUCAACCCUUUUUU